AUGGCCACACAAAUAGUGAAUCUUCCACAAUUAGACGCGAAAAAUUUCAACAAUUGGAAAUUUACACUACAAACCCUGCUCGCAGAAAGGCAAGUAUUGGAUAACUUGGAGAAAACUGUGGAUGACUUUCGUGAGGAAAAGGCAAAGAAAGAAUUUGAGAUUAGAGAUUUUGCAAAGGCAAAAUCAACGAUCGUUCAAUACAUAUCUGAUAAGCAUUUGGAUUUAAUUAAAGAAGCAAAAACAGCAAAAGAAAUGAUUUCAUUAUUAGAAAAGGUAUUCGAGAGAAAAAGCAUCUUUAAAGAGGAAGAAGACAACGAUACUUUAGAAGAAGAGGAAGAACUUUAUGAAACACCCACAACUCUACCUCCAGUUAAGGAAGAAACGCGUACUACAAAAUUAGAAAGAAAAGUAAAUAAACCUAAACAUUUAGAUGAAUAUGAAACUUACAUAGCAUACUGUCUUUUAACAAAUGAUCAAGAUCCUCAAUUAUAUGAAGAUGCAGUAAAAGACGAUGAAUGGAAAAGGGCAAUUAAAAAGGAACUAAAAUCUCAUCAAACAAAUGGGACUCCAAUACGCGGUAUCGUACGGAAGAUCUAUUUUUGCUUCUCCUUCGGCUUCCUAUUGGCAAGGACAACAGCGGUAUCCUUGUACGCAGCUUCUGUUCACGAUGAAUCUCUUUUGCCAGCACCGGUUUUGUAUAGUGUUUCUGGUUCUAGUUACAGCAGUGAGGUGUCGAGGUUCUUGACGCAAGUAACGACGGAUAAUAUAAGCUUAACGGGGAUGAAAUUCUUCUCUGUGACAAGGAGCCUCGUAUUAACUGUUGCUGGAACCAUCGUGACUUAUGAAUUGGUUCUUGUACAAUUCAAUUCUGUUUAG